CGGUAAUAUCAACCCGUGUGGCUGUGACAGCUAGAUUGUUCAGGUCGCGACAGCUUCAGCCUUGUAAGCCAGACCGGAAUCUCGCCGAGUGUACUGGCUCUCGCGUGACGCUUGUGCGCUUCAGGUACAGUUGACAUCCAAAAUGGCGGCGCAGUUCGACAUUACAAAACUGAUGCAAACGAUCCCAGGCCUGGAUGUACCUAACCUUAAGAACUCCAAAGGACACGGCUUCAACUGUUUCCUGUAUGAUGGCCUGUUUCUAUUUGCACCGCCCACACUCUUAUUGAAAGGGAAGAGUCCUAUUGCAGGUUUACAAAGUAUAAAAGAGGCUGCAAUGAAAGACGAUGAUGUCAUUAUCUGCGCCUAUCCAAAAUGUGGUACUCAUUGGUUAUGGGAGGUCAUUGAGAUGCUCAAAAGUGGGGUCAUUGAGUACAGAAAGGAGACAAAAGAAACCCGGAUGAUUGAAAUAAUCUACAAAGAUGGAAUAGACGCCAUUCCUACACCUCGAGUCCUGAACACCCACCUCCCUCUGCGCAUGCUCCCUAAACAGGUCGUUGAGAAGAAGGUCAAGUGUAUCCAGAUCAUGCGCAAUCCUAAAGAUGUCUGUGUGUCCUAUUUCAACCACUACAGAAAUAUGGUACCACCUCUUGGGUAUGAAGGGGACUUUGCUGAGUUUACAGAAGCAUUUGUAACAGGCAAACUGUGUUUCGGGUCUUACUACAACUAUCUGUUAACAUGGAAGGCAGAACUGGCAGGAUCACCAGCGGUACCUGUGCUCGAUCUGGUUUAUGAAGACAUGAAACAUGAUCCUGUCAAGAGUGUUAAAGACGUCGCCAGAUUUCUAGGCUUGACAACGACAGACCAGUUCUGUGAAGACGUUGCGUUUGCUUGUUCCUUUAAAAAGAUGAAACAGAUUGACAAAGACAGGAAACUUGGAACUGCUAUUGACAUCUGGAGAGAAGGAUCAGAAGGAACAUUUUAUAGGAAAGGUGAAAUUGGUGACUGGAAAAAUUGGUUCACAGUGGCAGAGAGCGAGAGAUUUGACCAAAUGUGGAACAAGAAGAUGAAGGACUCUGGAUUUAAGUUUACCUACACACCUGUUUGAGAUCAUUCCAACGUUUUGGCUGUCGGAUUUUUUGUGAAAUCUGUGAAAUAACAGUCAAUUGUAUAAAUCUCAAGUAAUACAUCUUCGUGUACAUGUAUAUAUGCGGAAACCUUUUUGUCAUUAGAUAGCUUCAGUUUUAGCACUUUUCUGUCCAAAUAAUAAAUCGAUAUAAGAGACAAAAUCCAUUUCACAAUUUAAGAAAUCUGUGCUAAAAUUAGAGUCUAUUGUAUGACACAGAAAGCGCUCGUUAAAUCUUCACGACAAGCGUCUUCACCAUUAUUCAUUCAGUAAAGGAACAUAACUGGUAGUUCCAAUGGUGUGUUACGGUGUCAGGUGGUGGCAUAUAUCAUUAGAAUUAGGAAAUUAAUUUGUUACACAAUCUUACGUAAUUUGUAUUGGACGAGAACUUCUGAAAACUAUCAUUUAUACUUGGAUGAAUGCACCAAAACCUUUAUUGAUGAUUUGAUAAGUGCACGUGUUGCUGUUUUUUUGGUUGACGUCGUCAGACAAUAAAGAGCCGAUUUCUUCGACAUGUUUUCAUACGAAAUUUUUUAUGAAAAGUUUCAGGAUAUUAAUUCAAUAAAACUGUUUUAUAUUUCAAA